AUGCCGCGCCGGGGCAGGCCCCCAGUGUGCAAGUCCAGAAGUGACGUCACCGGCCCGGCCGUUCACCUGAGAGGGAGGGGCCAGGUGAGGCCAGCCGGUAGGAACCGGGAGAGCCAGUUCGUGGUCGCGAGGGGCGGCGCUUUGCCGCCGGCGGGCUCCUUGACCCGGCUUCGCGGGCGGGCGGGGACGGGAUGUUUCCGUCCCCACGAGACCAAGGCGGGCGGGCGGCGUGGGGAGGACGGAAUGUGCCGGAGCACGAGCCCAGCGCGGGCGGGGGCGGCGGGGUUGCAGGGCCUCCCAGAGUUCCGGGAUUAUGGGAUAGAGAGGUUGUUAAAAUCUCAGAGUCUAGAACCUCGGUUCUCUGAACUGGGGUUGUGCCGGUGGCGACCUCGAAUCUGGACGCUCGCGGAGGCCCCCGGGGCCCCGCAGCAGGUCGGGAUCCGGGAGCUCGCAAUUGCGGGAUCCGGGUUUUCCCGGGCCCUGGGAACUCGGGGCCUCUCGCGGCCGCACUGCGUAGGUAGGACCGCGCCUCUGGGCGGGGCGGCGCCGCGUCCUCGGACCAUAGAAGGCAAGAGAAGUGGGGCCGCGGGCAGGGGGGCCGCGCCCGGAAGCCGCCCCGCAGCCGGGUGCCACCCACUCCGGAGACUGAAGGGUCGCUCGACCCAGACGUCCGGGAUUUCUGUACCGCGUCUUGAGAGACCUCGAAGUCCAGACCCCCGCGUCCGGGCUAAAGGACCCUCAGGUGGCCAGCGCCCCCUCCUGGAGGUGGCAGGAGUCCGGCACAUCAGCCCCGGUGGGACCCUGGAGGCCGAGCGUCUCGAACCCCGAGUCGAGGCUCCCAGCAUCCCCUACUUAGAGCACCGAGAAAUUCGGACUACUGGACCCCACUCCCAGGGACCCGGGAUUCUGGCUCCUGAAGCCUGCGAGCCCGAAGUUCACGCCCCGGGGUCCCGGCUCCGCGCCUCCCUCCCUGGGGACCGCGAUCGGGCAGAGCAGGAACCCGGCCCCGCGCCCGCCCGGCGCGGGCGGCUCCCGGGGAGUGCAAGGGGGUGGAAGCUCAGGGCCAGGGCCCCAGCGCGCAGCCCUCGGCGGGGGAGGGAGCUGUCUGCAGGACCCUGGCAUCCGGUCCCCCAGCCUCCGCCCUCCCCUGGGACCCCGCGGCCUCCCGCCCACAGCUUUUCCCAGCCCUGCCCCUCGCCCUCCGCUCCAGCCAGAGCGUAGACGUUCCCAGGAUCCCUGAGCCUGGGGCCGGGGCCGCAGGACUGUGGCUUCUGCGACUCUUGCUCUCCUCGCACUUCUUUGUCUCAACCUUUCCAUCUUCUUUUCCACGCUCUUUACUUUUUCCCCUCUCCGUCACUUUGUCUGUGGUCCUCCGGCCCGUUAGUGGCUCCCGGAGGUCCCUCUCUGGAUUUAGGCCGGUCCUCUAAUUCCCAGUGCCCCCCCGUCUGUGAGUUUGGGCGGCAAGAAGACCUGUGGGUCCUCUACCCAAGGAGGCAACUUUCUGCAGGUGGCUGCUGUGUC